CGCCGUUUGCGGCGGCCCCGGGGGGCUCGGCUCUGCGUGGCUGCGGGGCUCCCCGGGCUCUCCGAGCCCCCCCGGCUUUGGAUGCGCUGCGGGGUCCCGAGGGUCGCGUCCCCGCCUGCCCUCGUGUCGCGGCGCGGAGCCCCGCGUUCAUCUCGCCGCGGGUUCGGCUCCGAGCUGCCACGCAUCGCUCGCGGUGUUGGGGGCUGCGGGGGGAAAGGAGCCGCUCACGGCUGUGCGAUGGGACGCAGCCCCGAGCCGAGCCGGGUGCAACAAAACCACCUUUGUGCUUCGCUAUGAAGCGGUUCUGUAAGAACGCAGCCAACAUCCGCACCGCUCCGACACGCGUCUCCCGGCAGGAGAAGCUCAGCCCCGGGGUUUUUUCCUUCCCGUACCACCGCCGUGCAGUUUGCGGGGCUGGGCCGUUCCCUGGCUGGGGAAGCUGCGUGCUUUGCUGAUGCUGCUGGAUGGGAUGCUCCCAGCAACGGUGCUCGACAGGCGGGGAGAAAUCCUCGCGUGCAUUGACAGGCAGCUGCCGUCUCUCUGGUGGUGAAUUUAAAACGCCUGCUUCCAUUCUUCGCGCUGCUCCGCCAGCCCGGAGCCGCGCCGCGUGCUGCGUUGGGACCCGGGGAUGAUGCUGAUAGGGUUUUUCCCCCUUGGCACACAGGCGGUGGUGCUCGGGAGGCUGCUGCAGUCCAGCCCCCCUUUCUGCUUGCCCCCCGCUGGUGGGCUUCAUGUGAGAGAUGGCGAAUGCCGAAGUGAGCGUCCCGGUGGGUGAUGUGGUGGUUGUACCAAGUGACAACAACGAAGGGGAGAACCCGGAGGAUACCAAAACCCAAGUGAUCCUUCAGCUCCAGCCGGUGCAGCAGGGGAUUUACCAGGAGGGCUCAGAGGCGAGUGCUGCUGUUGUGGCCGUGGAAACGCACACCAUACACAAACUAGAGGAGGGGAUCGACCCCAGCACCAUUGAAACAAACGAGGAAAUUGAGAUUGCCUAUCCCAUCACCUGCGGGGAGAGCAAAGCCAUCCUGCUCUGGAAGAAGUUUGUCUGUCCAGGAAUUAAUGUCAAGUGUGUGAAGUUCAAUGACCAACUGAUCAGCCCGAAGCAUUUUGUUCACCUGGCUGGGAAGUCUACCCUAAAGGACUGGAAGAGGGCUAUCCGUCUCGGAGGAAUCAUGCUGAGGAAGAUGAUGGACUCUGGACAGAUCGACUUCUACCAGCAUGACAAGGUUUGCACCAACACGUGCCGAAGCACCAAGUUUGAUCUCCUGAUCAGCAGUGCCAGAGCACCGAUGCCAGGGCAGCAGAGCGUGGUGCAGACCCCAACCUCAGCUGAUGGGAGCAUCACCCAGAUCGCACUGUCGGAGGAAAGCAUGGAGGAGGGGAUCGAGUGGAACUCUGCUCUGACAGCUGCUGUCACCAUGGCCACUGAGGAGGGCGUGAAAAAGGACACGGAUGAGAUCUCAGAGGACACGUUGAUGUUCUGGAAGGGAAUAGCUGAUGUGGGGUUGAUGGAAGAGGUCGUGUGCAACAUCCAGAAGGAGAUAGAAGAAGUGCUGAGAGGCGUCCAGCAGAGGCUGGGGCAAUCUCCCUUCCAGAUGACAGAUGCUGCAGUUCUAAACAACGUUGCUCACACGUUUGGCCUGAUGGACACAGUCAAGAAGGUUCUGGACAACAGGAAAAACCAGACAGAGCAAGGAGAAGAACAGUUUCUUUACACACUUGCAGACCUGGAACGGCAGCUGGAAGAGCAGAAGAAACUCGCCAAGGACCAGAAGGCCAAGUCCCAAACCAUCCAGAACGUGGUGCUGAUGCCCGUCAGUGCUCCAAAGCCCCCCAAACGACCCCGCCUGCAGCGCCCGGCCUCUGCCACCGUCCUCAGCCCCUCCACCCCCAUCCAGCAGCCUCAGUUCACGGUCAUCUCUCCCAUCGCCAUCGCUCCCGUCGGCCAGCAGUUCUCAGUGGGCAACAUCCCAGUGGCGACCAUCAGCCAAGGCUCCAGCCCGGUGACUGUCCACACUUUGCCUUCAGGCUCUCAGCUCUUUCGAUACGCCACCGUGGUGUCCUCCUCUAAGACCAGCUCCUCCGACACCGUCACCCUCCAUCCGUCCUCCAGCCUGGCGCUGCUGAGCUCUGCUGCCAUGCAGGAUGGAGGUGCCUUGGCCAACGUGGCGGCCGUGGUCAACCCCGUGGAACUGGUGGCCAUGGAAUCCGGCCUCACCUCCACCAUCCAGGCUGUGGAAGGCACUUCAGAUGAUGGGCAGACCAUCAUUGAGAUCGACCCAGCACCCGACCCCGAGGCAGAUGGGGAUGAGUCAGAGGGGAAAGCUGUGAUCCUGGAAACAGAGCUGAGGACUGAGGAGAAAGUGGUAGGAGAUGUGGAGGACCACCAGCACCACGUGCAUAACGUGGAGAUCGUGGUUUUGGAGGACUAGUGGGAAAAGCGAGCGUCAGUUUGGGAAAGAGUUGGGAAUCUGUUUUAUUUUGGGCUUUUU